AUGCUCAACAGUCACAUGAAGUCGCACACUAACAUCUACCAGUACCGCUGUGCCGACUGCAACUACGCUACCAAAUACUGUCACAGUCUGAAGAUGCACUUAAGCAAACAUGGCCAUAAUCCUGCCAUGGUGUUAAAUGUGGAUGGCAGUCUUCCGGAGGGUAGCUGCGGUUCUACUGAAUCCCAGCAGAUGAAAUACAAUCCCUCUGAGCGGUGUUUGCCAGAGGUCCCUAGCCUGCCCCCCGGCCCCUUCAUUCCACACAUCACACUAUCGCCUAACCCACAGGGGGAUACAUGUUCGCUCAUCAGAUCCUCCCAACUUGCACCCAAACUGCCCACCCACUACGCGCUUAAUUCUUUUGAGAAGACCUUCCAGACAUUUCUACCUCCGCCGCCCCCUCUGUCGCCGGCCAAGCCCUGCCACACCAAUUUUCCAUCGCCACACUCCUCCUGGCUUUCAACAAAAGGCCUUCCUACACCCCUCUCUGGUUUCUCGCCCUCCAUGCCCCUCCUGUCACCAGGGCUGCCUCUGAAUUUCCCACCCUCGCCUACUGCAGUCGCGGCAAUGGCCGCGUUUAUGCUAUCCGCGCAGCAACAUGCCUUCAGCAGUGUGGACUCGCUAAUAAGCCAGCAUCAACUAGAGACAAAGGCGAGGGAAGAGAGGGCGGACAGACAGGAAGUGACUGUGCAACCAAUGCCCCAGUUGCUCAAAGGCGAGUCGAACAAUCGUGUACGGUCUCUGGACGCCUGGCCGGACGAUGUCGAUGGGUAUUCGCGCUUCCUCCCACCGACAGGGGUAACCACACGCGAUGAAUGUAUUCUGCGGUCGCAUUUCCAUUCCACGAGCUCUAAGCUGGAUGAUAGCGGGGAUUCGGCACUGAAUCUAUGCGAUGGUGUACUUGAUUUGAGUUCUAGGGGUGUUCAACGCAUGGAUGUCGUUCAGGAGACAGAGACAAAAGUCCGAACCGAAAAUGAGAACCCAGUGGCGAUCAGUGGUCGAAUUCCCCCGUGUGAUCUGCCUCCCCAGGAAGGCACCCCGCGUCUACUUGAGAGCGCCCAUGAAGGCGAUCACUUGUCAGUGCAUGAGCAGAGUGAAUGUCCCUACUGUGAAAUAAUCUUUAAAAACAGAACCCUCUUUGAGCUUCAUAUGAGGUUCCACAAUCCACAAAAUCCCUUUGCCUGCAACCAGUGUGGUGUGCAGAGUCGUAGUCAAGUAGAAUUUUUUACUCACCUCAGCGAAAAAGAACACAUCAGCCACUGA